GUGGGACGGCAAGCGACGGGCCUGCGCGUCGCGCGCUCUUUCUCCUUCUGCUCCUCAACGGACGCCGCGGGCGGGCGGAAAAAAGGAGUUUCACAAGUGCAGCAACUGACUGAGAGAUGCUUCAGGAAAAUCUACCUCACAAAUUGCAUUUGUUUGCCAAUGUGCUGCAUCACUGGAAAUCUCACGAGAAGCUUGGCGGUCAUUCUUGAAAGUCUCAGGAGAGCAGAUGGCUACCAAAUAAGUGUAUUGUGACCUGGGAAUGGGUCGAAGUCUGAAGCAUUUUUGAUUGAGCAGUUCAGUCCAUCAUUGCUAAAUGUCUUAAUAAAGCUCGUAAAGGCUUCAAAGAAUAUUCCGUGUAGUCUCUUCUCAGUUUUUCAAGAAAUGGUUGCUUGAUCUCUGUCCUGCCAAAAUAAAGUGGCUUCUCUUACCUGAUCCUGGAAACAUUAAUGGAACAUAGUCAUGUCUACCCAGGAAGAAAGGCAGAUCAAUACGGAAUAUGCUGUAUCUUUACUGGAGCAGUUAAAGCUGUUCUAUGAACAGCAGUUACUAACUGACAUAGUUUUAAUUGUUGAGGGUACUGAAUUCCCAUGCCAUAAGAUGGUUCUUGCUACAUGUAGUUCUUACUUCAGGGCUAUGUUCAUGAGCGGGUUGAGUGAAAGCAAACAAACCCAUAUCCAUCUGAGGAAUGUGGAUGCAGCCACUUUACAAAUCAUAAUAAUUUAUGCUUACACGGGUAAUUUGGCAAUAAAUGACGCAACAGUCGAACAGCUUUAUGAAACAGCCUGCUUCUUACAGGUAGAAGAUGUAUUACAACGGUGUAGAGAAUACUUAAUUAAAAAAAUAAAUGCAGAGAACUGUGUGCGACUCUUGAGUUUUGCUGACCUUUUCAGUUGUGAAGAGUUAAAACAGAAUGCUAAGAGGAUGGUAGAACACAAGUUCACCGCUGUAUACCAUCAGGAUGCUUUCAUGCAGCUCUCUCAUGAUCUAUUGAUAGAUAUUUUGAGCAGUGACAACUUAAAUGUGGAAAAGGAGGAGACAGUUCGUGAAGCUGCUAUGUUGUGGCUGGAGUAUAACACAGAAGCUAGAUCACAGUAUUUGUCGUCUGUUCUUAGCCAAAUAAGAAUUGAUGCACUUUCUGAAGUUACCCAGAGAGCUUGGUUUCAAGGCUUGCCACCAAAUGAUAAGUCCGUUGUGGUUCAAGGAUUGUAUAAAUCUAUGCCUAAGUUUUUUAAGCCAAGGCUUGGAAUGACUAAAGAGGAGAUGAUGAUCUUCAUCGAAGCUGCUGCUGAAAAUCCUGGUAAUCUUUACUCUUCAGUAUGCUACAGCCCACAGGCUGAAAAAGUUUACAAGCUCUGCAGCCCUCCUGCUGACUUGCAUAAGGUUGGAACACUUGUAACUCCUGAUAAUGAUAUUUAUAUAGCAGGUGGGCAAAUUCCACUGAAAAACACAAAAGCCAAUCACAGUAAAACAAGCAAACUUCAGGUUGCCUUCCGAACUGUGAAUUGCUUUUACUGGUUUGAUGCCCAGCAGAACACUUGGUUUCCAAAGAGUCCAAUGCUGUUUGUUCGCAUAAAGCCAUCCCUGGUUUGCUGUGAAGGCCACAUCUAUGCAAUUGGAGGAGACAAUGUCGGUGGAGAGCUCAACAGGAGAACUGUAGAAAGAUAUGAUACAGAGAGAGAUGAAUGGACCAUGGUAAGCCCAUUGCCCUGUGCAUGGCAAUGGAGUACAGCAGUUGCUGUUCAUAAUUGCAUUUAUGUAAUGGCACACAAUUUGAUGUACUGUUACUUCCCGAGGUCAGAUGCUUGGGUUGAAAUGGCUAUGAGACAGACUAGUAGGUGCUUUGCUUCAGCUGCUGCUUUUGGAGAUAAAAUAUUUUACAUUGGUGGCUUGCAUGUUGGCAGCAACUCUGGUAUAAGACUCCCAACUAGCACUGUAGAUGGGUCUUCCGUAACUGUGGAAGUCUAUGAUGUGAAUAAAAAUGAAUGGCGAACGGCAGCCAAUAUCCCUGCCAAGCGGUAUUCUGACCCCUGCGUCAGAGCUGUUGUGAUCUCCAAUUCUUUAUGUGUGUUCAUACGAGAAACCCACAUGAAUGAGAGAGCCAAGUAUGCCACCUACCAAUAUGAUAUGGACCUUGACCGGUGGUUCUUGCGGCAACAUAUUUCUGAGCGGGUGCUAUGGGAUCUAGGAAAAGACUUUCGAUGCACUGUGGGAAAACUGUAUCCAUCUUGCCUUGAAGAGUCUCCAUGGAAGCCUCCACCAUAUCUCUUUCCAUCAGAUGGAGCAGAUGAAUUUGAGCUGCACGGAGAGAUGGUUACACUGCCCCCUGUAUAGCUCCCAAAACUCAGACUGCAUGCCUGUAAUUGAUUAUCAUGAACAUUUGUUUGAAAGAUCAGAGCUGGAAACUAAACCUGUCAAGGCUGUCUUGUUUGUAUGCCCUAUUUAACUUUUGUGGCCAUUGAGUGUAAAUCAGUGAAAUUUUCAAGCAGAUAUGCUUCCAUAAUCUAAAACAAUCCCUCUGAUAGCUGAUGGGAUCUCUGGGUUGGAUCUAGCACAAAAUUUAUGCUUGUGCUAGGGCUCUUGUGCAAGCAGAAGUGCAAGGAAAAAAAACAUGGUAGCUGCUCGUGCUGUCAAACUUAUUGUAUCUCUCCCCUCCCCUGUGUUUCUGCUUGUGCAAAGCCGUGUGCAUCCGGUUUCUGGGUCCUAUAUAUAAAAGCAGGAAAGUAGUAGGUGCUGUGCAGGAUCUUGCGCAGAUGGAACUGUGCUGUUUGUAUUUCUGCUUGCGCAUUGCUGGAUCCAGCCUAUCUAUAUUGCAAGCUUAAAGCAUCUGCUUAUUGUUUCAAUGUUUAGUCCUGUGAAGACAUUUAGUUCAGGAAAUGUUCACAAAAGCAGCAUCUGUUUUUAGGAUGGUAUGUCAAUUGCUCUGAAAGUAUCUUCCAGGUGUAUAUACUGAGUUCUGGAAAUCUUUGUAUGUGCUAGUUAUAAGUAGAUUCAGUGUGGCCUAAUGGAAUGUGCUGCACUUAAUGCACAACAGCUGUGUUGGUAUAAUAAUGCCAUGUAAAAGAAGAAACAAAUCCCAUGGAUCUACCUGUGGUAGGAAGGGUAGAUCUUCCAUUUUACAGUGACAUGCAGGGCAAAAUGACUGCAGGUUCAGUCAAGCUGUAUUAUUAUUAUUAUUAGGUGCAUGUAUUUUCACUAACUUAUACCUGUCUAUUUAGAAUACAGGUCUUCCGAGCAGCUGGUAGUUUACCAGGUGUGAACUUACGUUGCUGGGCUUGCAAUAAGAAUUGCCAGCCCCUCCUAGUGCGGGUCUCUGUGGAGCUUUGGAUCAGUAAAUGACUCCACGUUCUGUAUUUCAGAAACAUUGGCUCAUGCAUAUUACUUCCUGCUGCUUUAUGUUCCCCCCCCAUCCCACCCCCAGUGUAAACAAAGAUGUAGUAUGGAUUAACCGAAGUCUCUUUUUGUUAAUUUAAUAACAAGCAUUACUGUAGUGUGACUGUGUGUAGAUACCCCUUAGCCGUUGUUGUGUUUUUCUUUUGGGGAGGGGAGCAAAACUGUUCAGGAAUACUCUACCCUUCUGUGCAAAGAGAGCAGUUGACUAGUGCUGCUCUGGCAUUAAUCCCAGGAACCACUAGCAGUAGCGGGGCGCCACCAAUAUUACAUGAGCACAGGUGCUUCAUGAUGGAUCAUACUAGCAUGUUCAGCUGUAUCAUGUUCUGGCACUGUAUUUUGAAUGAUAUUAAUUUAUUAAAAAAAA